CCCGCCCCGCCCCGCGCCCCCCGCCGCCGCGGAGCCCCCUCCCUCCCUCCCGCGCUCCCCUCCCGCCGCCCUCUUCCUCCUCCUGCCCCUGCGCGGCGCGGCGCGGCGCGGAGCCGGCGCUGAUGCCGCUGCCGUGUUGUUGUUCCCCGCAGUGGGUCGGCGCCCCGUGCGGCUCGCACGGCCCCUACGUCUUCUACAGGGCGUUCCGCUUCCAGCGCCGCGGCGGCGGCCGGGCGCGGGUCCUCUCCCUCGGCGACUUCUUCUUCGUGCGGUGCCGCGCGGAGGAGCCCGCCUGCAUCGCGGAGCUGCAGCUGCUCUGGGAGGAGCGCACCAGCCGGCAACUUCUCUCCAGCGCCAAACUUUAUUUUCUCCCCGAGGACACCCCCCAGGGCAGGACCAGUGACCAUGGCGAGGAUGAAGUUAUUGCUGUUUCAGAAAAAGUUACUGUGAAGCUUGAGGACUUGGCAAAAUGGGCACAGUCCGAUUUCUCCAAAUGGAAGUGUGGUUUCCGGGCUGAGCCAGUCCAGCCCAUGGAUGUGGGGAAGAAUGGGCAGAAAGAGGCCUUGACAAGAUACAGACAAUCCACACUGAACAGUGGCUUGAACUUCAAAGAUAUUCUAAAGGAAAAGGCUGACCUUGGUGAGGAUGAUGAAGAUUCAAACCUUUUAAUUCUCAGCUACCCACAGUACUGUCGAUACCGUUCCAUGUUAAAGCGCAUUCAGGACAAGCCCUCGUCAAUACUAACAGACCAGUUCGUUUUAGCCCUGGGAGGCAUUGCAGUAACAAGCAAGAACCCCCAAAUCUUCUAUUGUCGGGAUACAUUUGAUCAUCCUACCCUAAUAGAAAAUGAAAGUAUAUGUGAUGAGUUUGCGCCAAAUCUUAAAGGCAGACCACGCAAAAAGAAGCCAUGCCCACAGAGAAGAGAUUCAUUAAAUGGCAUUAAGGAUUCCAACAAUAAUUCUGAAAGCAAAGCUGUUGCCAAGGUAAAAUGUGAGGCUAAGUCAGCUUUGCCCAAACCCAAGAGUAACAACAGCAACUGUAAGAAAGGCUCAAGUGAGGAUAAAUCAAAGAUUGCCAUAGGUGAAGAAUGCAGAGCUGAUGAGCAGGCUUUCCUUGUGGCUCUUUAUAAAUAUAUGAAAGAAAGGAAAACACCAAUUGAACGAAUACCCUAUUUAGGUUUUAAGCAGAUUAACCUUUGGACUAUGUUUCAAGCUGCUCAAAAACUGGGAGGAUAUGAAACAAUAACAGCCCGUCGACAAUGGAAACAUAUUUAUGAUGAAUUAGGUGGUAACCCUGGAAGCACAAGUGCUGCUACAUGUACUCGCAGACAUUAUGAAAGAUUAAUCCUGCCAUAUGAAAGAUUUAUUAAAGGAGAGGAAGAUAAGCCACUGCCUCCAGUGAAACCUCGAAAACAAGAUAACAGUUCCCAGGAGAGUGAAGCAAAAACAAAAGUGUCUGCAACAAAACGCAUCAAAAAUGAAAACCAAAAGAGCAAGAAGGAAAAAGAUAAUUCACAGAAACCCCAAGAUGCAUCUGAGGUUUCAUCAGAACAAGAGAAGGAUCAAGAAUCAGCAGACCAGAAGAACUUCCCUGAACACCCUACAGUGGGAGAGAUGAAACAACCUGUGCAAGGCCCUCCAUCUCUUUUACCAGAGACAGCUCGGACACUACCUCUGGAGAAGACAGACAUGACAGAAAACAGCACUAACAGUGAGAAAGCCAAGGAGGAUGUUCAGCACUCGUCUUCUUUCUCGAGUGUAUCCGUGCCUGCAGAAGAAGAUACUGUGCUGGAUGCCACUGUCUCAAAACGAUUACACCCCUCAGCAGAUGCCCUGGAAGAUACAAAGCCUGAACAAAGACUACACAAAGCUUUUACUGACAGCCUAGAAAGUGAACCUCCAGAAAUUCCCUUCACAGCUUUCCCAGUCCAUCUGCCCACUCAGAGCGACAUGGAAGAUGAGAAACUGCCAGGGAUGGCUGAUUACAUUGCAAACUGCACGGUGAAAGUGGACCAGCUGGGCAAUGAAGAUAUCCACAAUGCAUUAAAGCAAACACCCAAAGUACUGGUGGUGCAGAACUUCGACAUGUUUAAGGAAAAGGAGCUGCCCGGGUCCAUGAACGAUGACUCCACUUUCAGUUACACACCGCUGCUGUACUCAAAAGGUAAUCCAGGCAUCAUGUCACCCCUGGCAAAGAAGAAGCUGCUGUCACAGGUCAGCGGGGCCACACUUUCUUGUAACUAUCCUUAUGGUUCUCCUCCACCUUUGAUCAGCAAAAAGAAACUCAAUAGCAGAGAUGAACUGUCCUCAGGCAUAUCACAAGGUCCCCAUGCCCCUAAUUCUGAUCCUGUAGCAAUUAACAGGCCCUCAGUCAUACAACAUGUACAGAGUUUUAAAACCAAGGAAGAAAGGAAGUCAAUUAAUAAUGUUUUUAAACAUGACAUGCUAAGUAAACCGGAUCCUCAGCGCUGUGAUUUUUCAAAACAUCACCUCAGUUCUCUUGCCGAGUCAUACCUACCGAAGUUGGAUAUCCAGGACUGCAAAGAUAAAAUGAGUGAGAAAAGGGCACUGCAGCACUCCCAUGUGCCAACUUUCUUGGCAGAUUUCUAUUCAUCACCUCAUCUGCACAGCCUUUAUAGGCACACAGAACAUCACCUUAAUAAUGAACAGACAUCAAAGUACCUCCCCCGGGACAUGUUCAGAGAGUCUGAAAAUAUUUCUACUUUUACUCAACACAAACAUCAAGAAAAACUAAAUUUAAAUUAUCGGCCGUCUUUGCAUCAGCAAGAAAAAAAGGCAACAGUGGAGGCUUCUUCAGAUGAUCAGCCAACAGAUUUGAGUCUUCCAAAGAGCAUACACAAACAGACUGCAAAGGUUCCAGGCUCCAGUCUCCCUCACUCAUCCACAGCCCAGCAAGAAUGCAAAGGGAUCUCCCCGUUCCAGGCUGGAGGCAGCCAGGUGGUGAGCCUAGACUGUAACCCCAAAGCUUGCCGCGUGUCCCCUAUGGCAUUGACAGCCCCAAAAAAACACAGUGAGUUGCUCCACAGGUCUGGAAAGCAGCAGGCCCAGAGGCUGGAGAACCUGAGGAAGAUGGAGGGGAUGGUGCAUCCUAUCAUCAGCCGUAGAACAAGCCCUCAAAAUGUGGGGGCUGCCCGGCCUCUGAAACGGAGCCUGGAGGAUUUGGACAAAGUUAUUUCUGAAAAAAAAAUCCGAGCUGUCUCUCCUAUUCACUUACCAAAGGAGACCCCAGCGAAAGACAAGGCUCCCGACCAAGAGGGGGAAGGUAGCAAGUCAGUGCAUGGCCUUCAUUCUGGCAGCAUGCUAGAAAGCCACAAAUUUCCCCUGUCAGCCCCCAUCUUCCCAGGCUUGUAUCCUGGAAGCCUGUGCACAGGGCUGAACAAUCGCCUCCCACCUGGGUAUUCUCAUCCCCUGCAGUACUUGAAAAAUCAGACCGUGCUAUCCCCACUAAUGCAGCCUUUGGCUCUUCACUCCUUCAUGGUGCAGAGACAAUUCCUCACAUCCCCUGCAAACUCCCAGCAACUGUACAGACACUUAGCUGCAGCAACACCUGUAGGAAGUUCCUAUGGUGACCUUUUGCAUAACAGCAUUUAUCCUUUAGCUGCUAUAAACCCUCAAGCUGCAUUCCCACCUUCCCAGCUAUCCUCUGUACAUCCCAGCACAAAACUGUAAACCCCCUCUGUCACAAAGAAAGGUCUGAGGAGAAAGUUCAGUUAGCGACAUUCCUCCCCCUGUGACGAUGUCUUGCAGAUUUAGCGAUCUGUAUUUUUGUCAACCAGGAUGCCUAGAGGAGCGUCUUGGAGUUUGAUGGAGACAGGACUGCUUCUUUAAUUCUGGCUCCCACAUCAGCCCCCUCACCCCUUAUCCCCACCCUUGUGAAAAAGAAAACCAAACAAAACAAAACAAAACAAAACAACAAAAAAAAAAAAAAAAAACCAACAAAACAAAAAAAAAAACCAAACCACAAAAAAAAAAAAAAAAAAAAGAGCGAGAAACAAAAACACAGAAAGAAAAGAAUUUUUUUUAGAUUUUGCAUAUGUGUUUUCUGAAAGGACUUGAACAUGGUAAGAGCAGAUGUUAAAGGGAGCCGUGGAAACGCAGGUCCAGUCCUGAGCUCACUGAAACCCCAGUGAGGGCUGUGUUUGCCUUUCACUGAGCCAAGGACCGGAGGCUGUGCAUUGUUGCAAAUGAGUCAAGGACUUCAGAUGAACCUGGAAAGGAGAAGUGGGCCGAGAAUCCGUACAAUCAGUGGAUGUGCUUUUUUGGGUAACUUUUCCUGACUUUUAAAGAUUCAAUCAAUGCAAUGUAUAGUAAAACGGCAAUAGAUUUUUUCAUUUUAACACUAUUAGAACAGAAUGGUAAACACUGUUUAAUUUGACUGUACAUAUCCACUUCAUAAACUACCAAUGUCACAUUUGGUCACAAUAAUUUAUAUAGUUUCGUUUGUCCAGUAUAUUCUGUGCUCUUUAUGUUUGUUUUUUUGUUUUCGGUUCUUAUUUUUUUUUUUUUAAAUUAAACAGUAUCAUUUUAUCUGCAACUUUUUUAAAGGCUGUGGCUGUCCUAAGUUUUUUUAUUACGUGUUUGUAAUUUUUCCAGUUUCUUUAUACUUUUGAGCAGCGUUUUUGUUUUGUUUUUGUUGUAACGUUUACUGUUUACAAACUGAAGCAACUGGUUCAGAUUCAGAUUAAUCUUAAUGGUUAUAAGCAUACUGUAGGUGAUGUUAUGGUGCAAGGAUGCUAACAAGGUUCCUUUCCCCACGGCCCAACCCUGUGAGGUGCUGAGCACCUCUCACCCUCUUCCUGUUGUUUCAAUGGCUCCUACGCUGCUUCUCCCCUCCCACCGAGCUUUGCUUUCCUGUAUCGUGGUCUGUGAAUUUGUCGAGCGUUGUACUUAAUCUUACCUAGGCUGUGAAACCCUCCUGCCUACCAGAGAAACGGUCUAGAAAACAAAAUCUCCCUGGCUCAAGCUGCUGAAUGACAAAGGAGUGCAGAAAACAGAUUUGUGGUUUGUGAGAAUGUUGAGAAUUUCAGAAGUUGUGAGAGGAGCCAGUGUGGAUUUGAAUCAGAGGCUUACAGGUUGUUUCUGUGCCUCACAAUGGGUAAGGGGGUUCUGUGCAGUGGUCGGGAUGGUCCUUCCGCGCUCCCACGGGGAUCUCGGCCUCUCCCUGCACAUCCUUUUGCAGGGGGAAAGCCCAGGCAUGGAGAGGCUGGAUUUUCCUGAUGAAAGAGCUUCCCUGUGGAUGUAUACUCACUUUGCAGGACAUCACCACUACGUAGCUGAGCACAGACAUUGAUAAAGCAAAGUGUCACUUGGAGGCUUUAUACAGUGUGAAAAUUGGUUGUGGUUCAAACCAUCUCAGUUACUGUUCAAAGACAGUGUACUUGAUAUGAAAAGAUAAAACAAACUACUAAGAAACACUUUGCAUGCUAGGCAUGUCAUUAAAUUUUCCCGUGAUAUGAAGCCAAAUACAAUAUAUAAUGUAUCAUACUUAAUAUCCAAAGGUGGAAACCAGAAUAAUAUACUCGUCUACUGUUACAAAUCCAGCUUCUUCAAUUAAAUACUUUAUAUUCCUGUGGUAAAACUAUUUAAUUGAUUGAUAAACAGACUAGUAGAACUUGGAACAUUGAUGUGCCAGUGCAGGGUAUCCUGCUGCUCCACAAGUCAUACAGGAAACAGAACCGCAGGCUCAUCCAGGCAGAGGUCACAGCGUGGAGGACACCUCUAGUAAAGUUGCACUAGAUCUGAAUCACGUAAGAGUCAGGGGUUUGGGGACAGGGGGGAGAAGGACGGGGGGAAAGGGAGUAGAGAACAUAAAAACCUACAGCAAACGCGAACAGAAGCCUGUUGUGUGUUUGGCAAAGCAAAUGCUUCUCCUUGUUUUGGUUAAGUUGUGUGUUCUGGAGUUGUGCAUUUGUUUACGCAAAGUGUCCAACAUCCCUUUUGGUUACGUCCUGUUGGAGUUUGCUGGUAGGCUUUUUGGAGCCAUGCUGAGGCAGCACAGGGCUAGGGGACAGGGAGUGGGGAAGAAAGCUCCUCGCUGGUCCCUUGAGGAGACUGGCCACUGCUAGCUGGGGAAGCUCAUACUGGGCAAAACGUCAGGGCUAAGGAAAAGAAAUGGUGGCAUAAACCCCCAACAGAAGCAGUGCAUUAUUUGUUUAAGAACUCUUUUAACAGAAACCUUGGAAAUCUUUCAACAGACUAUUCAAUUCUUCAUUGGCAGAAAAGUCUUUUUUUUUCCUUCAAUGUCUUAAAUGGGGCUUUGUUUGCAUUGUUUGAGUUCAAGGGGCCUUAUUAUUGGAUGAAAUUGCACAAGCCUUUCUUUGUGCAAUCAGACCAUUGUUAUUGGUAGGUUUGUAAAGGAAACUGCAGAAUCUAAUUGGCAAUAGAGUCAUAAAUCUAUUUACUAGGAGCCAGUUCCAAGAAAUGUUGCAAUUCAAACGCACUAUGUCGAGGAUGCAUUAGGGAUGCUAAAGGUUGUGAGAUCCAAAGGAGGAGGCCCAGCAGCAAACGGCUCGUGUGUAGCUUCUGGCCACACUCUGAGCCAGGCUUCGUGAAGCACAUGGGAAGUAGGGCCUGAUUCCCAGUGUGAUUGUGCCCCUGGCCAGGCAGGGUGGGAGCAGGCCAGCAGUUUGUGGCAGGUCUUUUGUGGCUGUGAGCUGGCCUGGUGUGAAGAGCUUGCCCAGUGGGUUCAAGCCUGUUGAAGUAGUUUGUCCUAGCAGCAGACAAGUUGGCUUGGCAGCAGCUAGAGCUCGGGCAGGGCACAAGUGCUGUGCUGCCUCUGCCAGCAGCUCUGCCCCAUCUGGGGAGACAUGGGGCUGCCGCCUCCAGAGACUACCAUGGGGGUCCCUCGCGCCCUCCGCUUGCUCGUUUCCUUUGUGGUGAUCAGUGAGGUCACAUCUGGGCCAGUUUUGCAAUCGUGCUGAUUUUGAUGAGCAGUGGGACUUCCUGCACUGGUGUGAGGCAGGUGGCAUUGGCAGUGCUGCCAUGAGUGCUGUUUGCUGUACAUGUGGUUGAUAUUUCGCUCGUUCUCUUCCUCUUCCUCUCCUCUCUCCGCCCAGCCCCGCAGUUUUAAAUAUGUUCUAAUAAUGGCAGCAUAAUCUACUAGCUGUUUAUACUUUUUUAACUUUCUUUUGUUGUAAAUAUUGUAUACUUUUUGUGAUUCAAGUUAUGUAGCCUAUAUGCUCUGUAAGGUGAUGAUUUGUAUAUAUAAAAAUGGCCCAGUAAUAUUAUAUAGUUUCCCAUUUAAAAGGUUAUUGAGUAACCUUUGCAUUAGUUUAAACACUACCAGAAAUAAAGCUGAGCCAACUAUAAACACUCAAUUUUUGUAUGUUUUCCAAAUUGUACUUAUUAAUGCUUUUGAUACUGUAUUAUGUGCCAAUAGUUUCCCAAUCACAUAGCAGGCGAAAGAUAUUUUGUACUUUUUGAUCCACUGUAAUAUUUAAUAAAAAAUGUUACUAUCUGUUC